UCUGCCAAGAAGAGUACCCAAACGAGGUUAUUAGUUAAGGGAUCCGUUCGCCGGGAGACAGCGGCACCACAGUUAAGUUGACCUCUUUCGACUCCGACGCUCAUCGAGAGGAGGCCCGUUCGCCAAACCACCAACGGCACACGACAUCCUCGGCCAGGUCGGCCCAAUCUGACUCCGAACUUGAGGGCGUCUGCUCCGUGAAUUCAAGUCUCGCUUCUGCGUAUGUCCCUUUGCUCAGUACCCCGUCAUCUCGUCGCUCCUCGCCCCAAUUUUCCUGUGGUCUCCCUUUCAUUUCGAAAACCUUCUAGAAUAAGCCACACUCCUGCACCUAGACCAACACCUGUAUCAACACCGACUUAUCGAGCAUUCUCAACGGCAAUGGUCCUCGCCAAGGUGACGCCACAGCAGCUCCUCGACAGGAACCGCAGCUGGAACGAGGAGGUUGAACGCAACGACUCAAGCUUGCUCAAGGAAAAUGCUGCUGGACAAACGCCCUCCAUCCUCUGGAUUGGCUGCUCCGACUCGAGGGUGCCCGAGAGUGUCGUCGCCAACUGCAAGCCGGGCGAUGUCUUCACCCAUCGCAACAUCGCCAACCAAUUCAACCUGAACGACGACAGCGCCAUGAGCGUCCUCACCUAUGGCGUCGAGGCUCUCGGCGUCGAGCACGUCAUCAUUGUCGGACACACGUCCUGUGGCGGCGUUUUGGCUUCGCUCACCACCGCUCAGAGCGCAACGCCUCCGCCCAGCGCCCCCCUCUCCCGCUUUCUAACGCCUCUCGUCGAGCUCAGCACCGCCGUGCGUGCAUCGAUGGGCCUCAAGGAGGGUCAGGCGCCCAAGACGGACGACGAACAGAAGCAGCUCCUUGCGGCUGCCACCGAGGCUAAUGUCAAGCGACAGGUGGAAAACGUCGUCAAGACAGAUGUCAUUCAGGCCAACUGGAAAGGUGAAAAGAGCGCUUUCCCGGGUGAGGCCUCCGUCCGUGUCAAAGUCCAUGGCUGGGUGCACGACGUUGCCACAGGCAAGCUCCGCGAUCUCGGCGUGACCCAGUAGUAGUUACCUGCCUACCUUUUCAAUGUACUGGUAGCUGCUCUCACGGCGCUCUCGCAUUUCUAGAAUGCAUCGUAUCCACCGCACCAACAGCACUCGCAGCCCAGGCCUUCGAACGUGAUUGAGACAGAUCGUCCGAGGAUGGAGCACCUGGUGAAGAGCGCGUCGUUGAAAAAUGAAGAGCGAGUCCCUCUCUGCCGGUACUGGGAUUCGAACCCAGGCCUGAACUUGUCAAGUGGAUUUCAAGGACAAAAAUGAACUUAAGACCACCGCGAUGACCAACUACGCGACAC